AUGGACGAGACGAAUAUGAAGAGGAGGGCAUUGAACCGUGAAUAUGCAAGACAAUCGCGGUUGAGAAAGCAUAAGCGAUUGGAGGAUUUGACCAACGAAGUCAACAUGUUGCAAAGUGCAAACAAGAAGUUGGUAGAGAGCAUCAAGGCUAAGGAGGAAGCAUAUGCUGAGACGGAAGUUGAUAACAACAUCUUGAGAGCGCAAACCGUGGAAUUGACUGAUCGAUUGCGCUUUUUGCACUCUAUCAUUCAGGUUGCGGAAAAGGCCAAAGGGUUAUCUGUUAAUGUAAAGAUUCCAAAUCUUAAGCCGUAG